AUGGCUGUCUCAUUUAGUAUUUUCUUCCCGCUCAUUCUCGUUUCGUUCUUCGUUUCCCUCGUACAUGCUGUGCCUAUAGAUCCGAGUACAAUUCUCAACCAAUUGAAGAAAAAUGGAGCAUGUUGCACUGCGCUAAACUAUUUCCUUCCCGGAAAAGUCUUCCUUCCGACAGACAUCAAAUACCAAUCGUCUCAGCUAUCGUACUGGUCAGCCCAAGAACAAAGUCUCCAUCCGACUUGCAUCGUCAUCCCUGAAACAACGCAAGAUGUAUCAACAGCCGUGACUAUCAUGAGCGUCGGGUACCAAGCGUCUAUCUCCGGGUGCAAGUUCGCGAUGAGAGGCGGCGGUCAUACGCCCUUUGCAGGUGCAGCCAACAUUGACGGCGGAGUCACCAUUGAUAUGCAGAGCAUGAACUCAGUGACCGUAUCCAGCGACCGGAAGAGCGUCAGCAUGGGAGGUGGCAACCGCUGGGGUAAUGUCUACAGCGUCCUCGAGCCUCUCGAUCUCGCAACAGUUGGAGGCCGCGUUUCGUACGUUGGGAUGCCCGGAUUAACUAUUGGAGGUGGCGUAUCUUUCUUCUCCGGCCGUUACGGUCUCGUCUGCAACAACAUCCAAUCCUACGAAGUCGUGCUGGGUAAUGGAACCAUCGUAACCGCAAGCGGCACCGCCAACGCCCCACUCUGGCGUGCCCUCAAAGGCGGCAGCAACAACUUCGGCAUCGUAACACGCUUCGACGCCAAGGCCUUCUCGCAAUCAGAUUACUGGGGUGGCUCCAUCUCGCAACCCAUCACCAAUAAAGAAGCCUUUUUCGAUUUUUUUGUCAACUUUGCGGCAAGCGAAAACUUCGAUUCUUAUGCAGCGCUCAUUUCAGACUUCGCAUGGGUUGCGGGUGUUCCCAGCCUCAUCCACAACGUCGCAUACACAAACGGCGAUGUGGCCUGGCCGCCACCGGCGUAUGCACCGUUGGACGCCAUGCCGAAGCUGGCGACUACGAUCCGGAAGGGCAUGACUUCCGACUUUGCAGACGAGAUUGCAACGAUAGCACUGCCUACGGAGGACCACAAUAACUUGCUCAUGACGCUCACUUUUGUCAACAAGGGAGACGUGUCCGCCUCGUUUAUGUCGCAAGCUUUCGACCUCGCAAACGCUGCGGCCGUCGAACUCACAACGGUCGUAGGUCUGAUCUACACAAUGACUUUUCAACCGCUGCCCCAGGUCCUUUACUCAAAGAAUGCGAAGGAUGUUCUCGGACUCGAUGGAGAAGACUACAUUAAUCUCCUCUUUACUUUGAGCUGGACGCUGCCGACCGAUAACGACAGAGUGUACGCUAGAAUGCAGGAGCUGGAGGCCGAUCUGAUUGCGCUGGAGAAGCAAAUGGACCUCUACAACGACUUUGUCUAUCUGAAUUAUGCAGCGCAGUGGCAGAAACCCAUUAGCAGCUAUGGGGCAGAGAACAUGCAGUUCUUGAAGAGCGUUAGUCGGCAGUACGAUCCAAAGCAGAUAUUCCAGAACGCUGUUCCGGGUGGGUUCAAGUUAAACGAUUGA